CACCUUCCAUAUCCUACCACUACAUAUAACUGAAACUAACCUGAUAACCUAGACACUAUCAUACAAACCUUGAACCUCACUCUUGUUCUGCAUUUUAUCUCAACAUGACUUCUCUUCCUCUUCUUCUGCUCCUCAUUCUCUGUGGUUUUUUGCAUGCAUGCACCCCUCGUCCUAUCGCUGGACAACACACUGCAAAAUACAAUUUCAACAAGGAAUUAGACAAUGUUAAAUUGUUGGGUACGUUAACUACAUUAAGUGUGAAGGAACAUAAGCUAGAGGAGAAUCCAUCACAGCAACAGAAAAUCACAAAUAAUGAAAUAAAUAUUGGUGUGAGUUGCAACAGUGCAUCAACUUUGAAGAAAGUGAUCCUAGGGUCAUCUUUGCAAACGGAUUCUCCAUCCCUUCUUGCAGAAAAGGAUGAGAGGGGACAUGCAAGGUCAAUGCUAGGACACCAUGUUGAAGAAACAAUGGAUACAAACACAAAUGAGAAUACAGAGGACAUAGUUGAUAUGGAUUAUGCACAACCUCAUCGGAAAGCACCUAUUCACAACGAAAAGCCAUGACUCAUUGUACCUUAAAUGCUUCAUUAUUAUUCAUAAAUAAUACAAUAUAUGUUUAAGUACUUUACAAACAAGCUAGCUCAAUGAAAAGUUGUUUAGUAGAAUUUUAGUCUUUUGGAUGAAGACAAUGUAUGGUAUAAUGUUGAGUUCUUUAA